CCUAGGAUCCUGAAAGUAACGGUCAUCACUUUCCUUGUUGGCCCUGUUCGGUCAUAUCGAAACGAGGCUCGUAGAGUUGUCUCUGGGUUUUGAGUGUCGUUUCUCGGUUUCGAGUUUCGACUACCUGCUUCUUCUCUGCCUGAUAGGUCUCAUGGCGAUUAGGGUUUUCAUAUUCGCCUUUCUUCUCCUAGCUUCUCCUUUUCUUCAUGCUGUUAGGUGCCAGUUGGAUUCAGAAGUCGAAGUUGCCGAAGCGGCUAAAGGAGGAGGUGAUCUUGGGAUUGUCAGUGAUGAUGUCCACGACUAUGGUGAUAGAAGUUUUAGUCCAGCUCCAGGAAUUGAAACUGUCUGUGUUUUCCCCAAAAAUGCAGCAAAGUUGGUGCUUGCAGGGGAAGAGACUGAACUACUUGUUGGCUUGAAUAAUGAAGGGGAUUCAAAUAUGAAUGUUAUUGCUAUUCGGGCCAGUGUCCAUCUUCAUUUUGAUCAUAAUUUGCUGGUUCAAAAUUUGACUGGACAGGUUUUCAACAAUGCAUCUGUACCACCUGCAGCUCAGGCUACUUUUCAAUAUAGUUUCACUGUUAACAAGUACUUGCAGCCUGGAUCAUUUGAUCUUGUGGGUACAAUUAUUUAUGAGAUUGAUGAGCAACCGCACCAGAGUUUAUUCUAUAAUGGAACUAUUGAAGUUGCUGAGGCCAGUGGCUUUCUCAGCAUUGAGUCUGUUUUCCUUGUUACCCUCGGAAUUGCUCUUCUUGGCCUUUGUGGGUUGUGGAUUUAUGGUCAAAUCCAGCAAUUCUCAAAGAAAACAAAGAAGACAUCAAAGGUUGAAGUGGGUACUGGGACUAUAGAUGCUGCCUCCAUGGAUGAAUGGUUGCAGGGAACUGCCUUUGCUCAGUCACGGUUCAGGAAGGCAAACAACAAGAAGAACUGAUGCUAGUUUAGCAUGAAUUUAGAUCUGAGGAAGAAGCAUGACCCCUUAACUCAUCCUAGGCUCUGGCAUUUUUGUGGUCUCUUAAUAUUGAGGUAGUUUUGGGGGCAAAAUAGCUGAUGAGGCCCGCCUGGCGUUUGUUUCAUGCGGACGAAGUUCCCUGGACUUCCCUUGGAAGUAAUGGUCUGUACUGCUUAUAGUAGGGCUUCUGAAGCACCCAGAGGUUGAGGCGAAAUAUUGCAAUUUUGUUCAACCUUUUAAGUGUAAUUAUUGUUCUAUGUUUAGAUGAUUCUCAUAAUUUAUUCCCCUCUUAGAUGGUGCUCAGGUCAAUCUAAUGGAGCUCCUGGUUCAUUCUUUCCA